AUGAAAGCGGCUCGUGCCACGUCGAGAAAUAUCCCCAAACGCGACUUCUCUUACCUCCCCCGCCCAUCUCACAUCCCAAGCCAUGUCCACCCCCCCCCCGACCAAGUCCCCGCCGAAGGAGUCGAAGGAGCCGGCGCCCCCGUGGAAGAGAAGAAGCUUUACACCCUCGAGACCCUCGCCGAGCACAAUGACCGCGAGAGUCUGUGGAUGUUGUUGCACGACAAGGUGUAUGACAUUACGGCGUUUAUGGAUGAGCACCCUGGUGGCGAUGAAGUACUCAUCGAAGAAGCUGGACGCGACGCGACAGAAGCGUUUGAAGAUGUCGGCCACUCUGAUGAAGCCCGGGAGAUGCUGGUGAAGAUGUACUUGGGAGAGUUCCAGGGCGAGAAGAAGGGCAAGUCAAAGGGAUCUGCCGCUGGUACUUCUACAGACUCGUCAGAGGGCACAUUCCCCAUGUGGACUCUUCCCCUUGCGGCUUUCAUCGCUUUCCUCGCUUGGCGAAUCUUCCUCGCCUAGACAUACCAACCCCUGCCAUUCCAGGCUCUAUUCGACAACCUUAUAGUACUCCUCAUCAUUCUCCAGAUUCGACCAUCCAUCAUUCGACUUCACCCCUCCUCCUAUCAUCGGGAAAAGAGAUAGAUCAGCAUUUUCCCCCAUCUGUAUACACUUUCACCGUUUGUUUUCCUCUUGUUUACAGCUUUCUUUCGAUGGUAUUUAGGAUGGCAAUAGGAAGAUGGCUAUCUCUAUGCCUGUUCAUUUUCCAAUGCAUGGGUUACAUAUAUACAA